AUGGCGCCAUUGACCAUCAACUCGGUGAUUCGCAUGGACUCAGGCUUUGAUAUUCCAGCCCUAGGCUAUGGUGUCUAUCAAACCCCGGAAAAAGAAUGCGAGGACGUCGUCUUGCAAUCGUUCAAGGCAGGCUACCGCCAUGUCGACUCCGCAAUUUCCUACAAGAAUGAAGCCGCAUGCGGAAGUGCUAUUCUAAAGUCGGGAAUCCCUCGCAAGGAUAUAUUCUUCACCUCCAAGAUCCCAACAAGGACUUUGAAGACUCAUAUCAAAGAGCUCGAGGAAGAGCGAGGCGAGGGCAAAGGUGGUGUCAUCAGCGUUGGGCAAUGGGAACUGCACCCUUGGCUUCAACGUCCUGACAUCGUCGGAUGGUGUCAGAAGCGCGGUGUGAUCCUCGAGGCCUAUUCACCCUUGGUGCGUGGUGAGAGACUUGAGGACAAGCUGAUUCAACCUUUGGCUAAGAAGUAUGGCAAGACAGCCGCUCAGGUUUUGGUGAGAUGGAGCUUGCAGAGAGGCUUUGUGCCGCUUCCAAAGAGUGUCACGCCCAGUAGGAUAUUAGAGAAUGCGGACGUGUUCGAUUUUGAGUUGACGGCGGAGGACAUGAAGAGUCUAGAGACCGAUGAGUACUCGCCGUGCUGCUGGGAUCCUACAAAGGCAACUCUUCAAGACUAA